CUCAAGCCCGGUAAGGUCGUGAUCGUCCUCAACGGCAGGUAUGCCGGCAGGAAGGCUGUCAUCGUCGAGAACCGCGACGACGGUACCAAGGCUCGCCCCUAUGGUUACGCCGUCGUUGCUGGCGUCGACAAGUACCCCAAGAAGAUCACCAAGUCGAUGGGCAAGAAGAAGAUCGCCAAGAAGACCAAGAUCGCCCCCUUCGUGAAGGCCAUCAACUACAACCACCUGAUGCCCACCAGGUACGGUCUCGAUGUUGAGCUCAGGAGCAUUGUCUGCAAGGAGAACGCUCUCGAGAAGGGUCAGAACAAGUACAAGACCAAGCAGGCCCUCAAGAAGGUGUUCCAGACCAGAUACAACUCCGGCAAGAACAAGUGGUUCUUCACCAAGCUCAGGUUCUAA